AUGCCCACAGAGUUCUGCAGCCUGGAUGUGAAGUCAACGUUCUUCCAGUUUGGUGCCUCCAUCCAACAGGAGGCUCUGCUCAUGCUGAACAUCAUGGAGGAGUAUGACUGGCACAUCUUUUCCAUUGUCACAUCAAAGUUCCCAGGCUACCAGGAAUUCAUCAACAUCUUGAAAACUACUGUGGACAACAGUUUUGUGGGUUGGGACCUGCAGAAUAUCAUCACUCUGGAUGCCGUGGAGGAAGACAGCCGUUCUCAGAUCAUGCUGAAGAAGGUCCAGUCUCCAGUGGUCCUGCUGUACUGCUCCAAAGAUGAGGCGGUGUACAUCCUGGAUGAGGCUCGCUCUCUGGGCCUCACCGGAUUCGGAUACAUCUGGAUUGUGCCAUCCCUCACCACCGGCAACCCAGAAAUAACGCCAGACGCGUUCCCGUCGGGAAUGAUCUCGGUGUCGUACGAUGACUGGGACUACCCGCUGGAGGCCCGUGUUCGCGACGGUAUAGGCAUCAUAACGUCAGCGGCGGCAGCCAUGUUGGACGAGUAUGGCGACAUCCCUGAAGCCAAGACGUCCUGUUACGGCCAGAUGGAGAAGACAACCAAGCUGCCUCCCAGUGCACUUCAUAAAUACAUGAUGAAUGUGACGUGGGAUGGCAGAGACUUGUCCUUCACAGAAGACGGCUACCAGGAAAACCCAAAGCUGGUGGUCAUUGUUCUUAACAAGGAGAGAGAGUGGGAGAAGAUGGGGAAACUGGACAAUCGUAGUCUGACACUGAAGUACCCCGUGUGGCCACGUUUCAACUCCUUUGGUGACGCUGAGCUUGAUGACAACCACCUGUCCAUCGUCACCUUAGAGGAGAAACCCUUUGUCAUUGUGGAGGACGUGGAAAGACUCACUGGUACCUGCAUGAGGAACUCUGUGCCAUGUAGGAAGCAUAUCAAAGACAACACGACUGAGGCUGGUGGGACGUAUAUCAAGAAGUGCUGUAAAGGUUUCUGCAUCGACAUUCUGAAAAAGAUAGCCAAGUAUGUGAAGUUCACCUAUGACCUGUACCUGGUUACCAAUGGCAAGCAUGGCAAGAAGAUCAACAACGUCUGGAAUGGGAUGGUGGGAGAGGUGGUCUAUAAGAAAGCCGUCAUGGCCGUCGGAUCUCUGACGAUCAAUGAGGAGCGUUCUGAGGUCAUCGAUUUCUCCGUCCCGUUCGUGGAAACUGGGAUCAGUGUCAUGGUGUCCCGUAGCAAUGGAACUGUGUCCCCAUCAGCCUUCCUUGAGCCAUUCAGUGCAUCAGUGUGGGUGAUGAUGUUUGUGAUGCUCCUGCUGGUGACUGCAAUGGCUGUUUUCAUGUUCGAAUACAUCAGUCCUCUUGGCUUCAACAGAAACUUGGCACAGGGAAAAGACCCUCACGGCCCUUCCUUCACCAUGGGCAAGGCAGUGUGGUUGCUGUGGGGUCUGGUCUUCAACAACUCUGUGCCGGUGCAAAACCCAAAAGGAACCACCAGCAAGUUCAUAGUGUCAGUAUGGGCCUUCUUCGCUGUCAUCUUCUUGGCCUCCUACACUGCCAACUUGGCCGCCUUCAUGAUUCAGGAGGAGUUUGUCGACCAAGUCACCGGGCUUUCAGACAACAAGUUUCAGAACCCAUAUGCUUAUUCGCCUCCGUUCCGCUUCGGGACCGUUCCAAAUGGUUCCACUGAAAGAAACAUCAGGAAGAACUAUCCCGCCAUGCACCAGUAUAUGGUGAAGUAUCACCAAACUGGAGUCCAGGAUGCACUCGUCAGCCUCAAAACGGGCAAGCUGGAUGCCUUCAUCUAUGACGCUGCAGUGCUGAACUACAUGGCCGGUAGAGAUGAGGGAUGUAAGCUGGUGACCAUUGGUAGCGGGUACAUCUUUGCUACCACCGGGUAUGGGAUUGCUCUACAAAAAGGUUCCUACUGGAAACGACAGGUGGACCUGGCUAUCCUAGCAAUUAUCGGCGAUGGUGAAAUGGAGGAACUAGAAGCCCAGUGGCUCACAGGAAUUUGCCACAAUGAGAAGAAUGAGGUGAUGUCCAGUCAGCUGGAUAUUGACAACAUGGCAGGGGUCUUCUACAUGCUGGCCACAGCCAUGGGGCUUUCCCUCAUUACCUUUGUCUCUGAGCAUCUCUUCUACUGGAGGCUUAGAUACUGCUUCACUGGGGUCUGCUCCGGCAAGCCGGGUCUUCUUUUCAGCAUCAGUCGGGGAAUCUGGAGUUGCAUCCAUGGAGUUCACAUUGACAUGAAGAAAAAGUCAGACCUGGACUUUAGCCCCCAGGACAAAAUGCUGAAGCUCAUUAAGUCGGCCAAACAGAUGACCAACAUGUCUAACCUGGGUGGCUCCCGCAUGAACUCGCCCAAACGAGAGUUCAUGCACUCGGCUGGUCCUAUGAUCAUGGACAUGAUGGCAGAGAAGGGGAACUUCAUCUACGCUGACAACCGAAGCUAUGCCCCCAAAGAUAUGAUCUACGGGGAUGCUGGCGACCUGCAGUCCUAUCUCGCUAACCGCCACAAAGAUCAUCUUAACAACUAUAUCUUCCAGGGAGGUCAGCAUCCUUUGACCCUGAAUGAUGCCAAUCCCAACACAGUGGAGGUAGCAGUAAGUGCUGACGCAGUCCAGACUAACGCAAAACCGCAACGCACGCUGUGGAAGAAGUCGGUGGACACGGUUCGCUCAGUACCACCCGGGCCCUCGCCGAUGCCUGACAUGCUGAUGCCAGACCCACGAAUGUCAAUGAAGACUCAGCGGUACCUCCCUGAAGAUGCAGCCCAUUCUGACAUCUCAGACUGUUCUAGUAGAGCAGCCUCCUACAAGGACCCAGAAAACAACAAGCACCUGAAGCCCAAGGACAACUUAAAAAAAAGAUCGGUGACGCCAAAAUACCCAAGGGAUUGCAGUGAGGUGGAGCUGUCCUACUUAAAGACUAAGCAGGUCAGCGGCGGAACCAACCAAACUGGGAGGGGAGGAGGAGGAGAGAAAAUCUACACUAUCGACUCAGACCGGGAGCUGAGCCUCCACUCAGACCCCAUUCACUACCGUGAGAGCCGCGGUCUUGCUGCGGACGAUUUGGAAUACCCCGAAAUCUACUCCGACCACAGUGACAACUAUAGGAAGUGUGAGCAGCCCAUAAUUCAUCUGAACUCCUCGCCUUUGCAUCAUACAGACUCAGAUCUUCUACCAGAUCCAGCCUACUCAAAACACUACAACCUAAAAGAGAAAAACCUGUCCCCGCAUGAAUCCAUUGAUCGCUACAAACAGACACACUGCCGUUCCUGCUUAUCCAAAGUGACUGCUAGCUACCCACCUGCAGGGCCGUACUCCUCUACUGGUUCUGCCUCAGCUUCGGGCACACGUUCACCUUAUAAUCGGUGUGAAGCGUGCCUCCACACGGCCAACCUGUAUGACAUUAGUGAGGACCAGCUCCUUGCAGACCCUUUGGUCAGCCCUACCAUGCAUCACCAACAGCAGCAGCAACCGGAUGAAAUGUUUGGUCUGUACUGGCCACAGACAGAUGGCCCGCAUGUCCAAAAAAGAAAUCGCUUGAGGCUGAGUCGUCAGCACUCCUUUGACAACAUCAUGCUUGAAAAGCCCAAAGAUGUAGAUCUGGGCCGACCGGCACGCAGUGUCAGCCUCAAGGAGAAGGAUCGCUUCUUGGACUCCACGUCUGACUCGCACUAUGCGAACCUCUUUGGUAUGCGUCCCUACUCUGGCAGACUCUUUGGCACUGGGUCCAAGUCCAUGCUGUUUAACCACAACCUAGAGGAGAGCAAGAGGAGCAAGUCCCUGUACCCGGCCCAUGGCUCGGAAAACCCUUUUCUCAGUCAUUCGCUGAGGGAUGACACCAGCAGCAGACUGGUCCAUGGGCGUAGCUCCUCUGAUAUUUACCAACAGCUUUCAGUGGCUCCCAUCAAUACACGCAACGAUGCGAACAAUCUCCGCUCUUCUGUUAAAUCCACCACUUCAUUUUGCUCACGGGACGGGCGGAUAGCUAAUGACAUGUACAAUAAAGAGCAUGCGAUGCCUUACUCAGCCAAUAAGACUAGUGCAUACCCAGCCCCACGUGGCGUCCUAAACUCAGCCCAGUUCAGCAAUAGACGGGUGUAUAAAAAAAUUCCCAGUCUGGAGUCAGAUGUUUAGUUGAUAUAAGAAAUAAUGUGUUCUCUCCUUCUUACUCCUCUCUGGGUUUGUAUUAUAAUUUAUCAACUAUGUUAUCCAAUAAGGGAUGCCAUAGCCACACUACGAUUUCUUCUCUUCAACAUUGUAAUCCAAACGAACUUGUGCCCACUUGGGUAUGACGGUAUUACUACUACUCUCUUGAUAUCACCAUUUCUAUCCAUUCUCUCCCAUGUACCAGUGAGACAGCUAUAGGGCCAGCACUCUGCCAUAAGGUAUCCUUGUGUAAAGAGGAGGGUAAUCAUUAAUCCCUAGGUUUUUAGGAGUAGAAAACGACAUAGCCCCAUAAGUGGAACCAAUAUGGUACCGUAUACGUUAGAGUAACACAGGGCUCCCUGCAAUAGCUUUCAGAAAGGAAUCAGUUGAUUUGGCAUUGAAAUGUGCGAGGAGGUGGUGAGGAGGAUGAGAUGAAUUAUAUGACAGUGGAAUUAAAGGAAGCGAGAGGAAGCUCUUUAGCCACUGUCCACCUUCCUUCUCACCGUGUUCCUUUCCACCUUCACUGUCAACCUUAGAGCUCACCAGCUGAAGAGAAAAGGCUUGACAGAAAGACCAGAUGGGCAGGCCAGACAUGGAGGCAUCCCAGGAGGGCAGGGGCGUCACAGAGAGCUAGUCCAACGGUCUGCUGCUUGUUAUGCUGACAAAUAUGGGCACUAAGACACCUGGCAGUGGAAGAGGAGAGAGAGAGUGAGGAAGGAAGUGAUUGGCUAACUGGCACAUAGUGGAGCAUCAAAUAGUUUGUGGCUGUUUGAUAGCGUGUUCUUGUUCAGAAUACAACUUUGUAUGUUCAGCCCACGCUGAGGGACGCGACAGUGAUGAGAAGCUGAGAGCGAUGCAGGUGCUUUUAAUGAAUAUUGUUUACAGACUGACAGAUAAAAGGCAUGCUGACAAAAUGACUGAUAGAAAAGGACAGACGAGCAGGGAAACCUAAGGCACUUGAUGGGCAUUUCAUUUGUGGCUCUGCACAAAAAAACAAACAAUAAUUGCGAAGUAUUGCUUUUAUUCUCUUGAACUAUAAGAUUUCUUAGGGAUUCUGGCAUCCGGAUCCCCCUAUGUAGGAUUUUAGUGUUUGCUUAUUUGGUAGCACAAUAGCCAUUAGUUUAAACCUCCCACAUUUGCUUUUGAAAAAAAAAAAACCUAAAAGAAAAAACAACAAAGCUUACUGAAAAAUACCUUCAUGAGUAGCAGAUUAUUUUGCAUGUGUUGAUUUCAUUUUGUGUCGGAGAAGAGAAAAUACACAUAUACACUCUAAGACAUAUUUUACAUUUUUCUAAAAGUAGCUGCGUCUUGCCGGAUGCGGUGGAUGGCUGUGUGCACCAUCACGUGGUGAUCCUCUACCCUCUUAAAUCUGUCAUGAUUGAGGUAAAGGUGGAAGGGAAGAGAGCAAAGAUGAGAUAAACAAAAUAAAAAAGGUUAAGCGCAGCUGUUUCCACCACCAUCAUUUUGUUUUUGGUGGGCAAUAAUGUGUGAGUUUUUUUUAUUAAUUAUUAUUUUAUUAUCCACGCCACUGAGAAACAGGGUAUUAGCUAUGAAAAACACCAAUGAUUCCUUCUUUCUUUCAUCUUUCCUUCUUCCCUUUCUCCAUCAAUAUGACAUCGCUGGAGUGUUUGAUGUCUAUAGAGCUAAUCUGAAUCAUUUUCUGUACUAAAAAUUUAACUUUGGUUGGUUCGUCCAGCCUCUGCAGUUUAGCUUGGGAUUACGUUCAGAAUUUUCGAUGAUUUAACUUUGUGUGGAACUGUUGAUCUACAACAAACCAGGGCUUUUGAGGAUGUGAAGACUGCUUGGGAUGGAUCCCUUGUUUACCUUCGGAGCGUUGUUUGGGAGGGAUGCGGGAUGGGAUGGGUGUUAUGUGGUCAUCAAUUACGUAUCCAUCCAUUGGCAUGGAAUAAGUCGUGUGUGCGCGCAUGGCAGAACUUGGGUAAGCUUGAAGUUUUUAACCAGAACAUUUGGUUCUUAAUCUGAUUGUGUAUUUUUUUUUUCGUUCAUUCCUUUUUUUUCUUUGACAACACUAAACUGAAAAAGACUUGCACAUGCAUAGAUUUUUUUUUCCUUGGUAGCAUCAUGCUUUAUAAAAUGUACUGUCUAAAGAAAAAUGUCAUGUAACGAUCUUAACUGACUGAUUUGCUUGAUUGAUUAGAUUUACAAAAGCCAAAAUUGCUUCAAAUAAUAUACCUCAGGAUGAUUCUGUAUGUUUUAGGGGGGCGUUAAUAACAGUAGCAAGAGCUGUAGGAUGUGCCGCAGAAUUUCUUUUUGUUUUGUUUUUUUGUAGGAAAAAAAAAGAAGGGGAAAAAAAGACGAAGAAGAAGCGGCCAUAAGGCAGAAUCAAACUUUUCUCUUUUUGAUGUUUACCAGUCCAAGGUCUUCCAGUUCAGCUCUCUGCCUGAGCUCAUGCAACCCAAGCAAAGAUAAAAGAGGAAACGAAGGAGGGAGUGAAGGGACAGCGGUAGGGGUGGGGUGAGAGGGGGGCUUAGAUUGUUUUCCCAGUGUGUGGGAUGUGCUGUAUGCAGCUCCACUUCACACUAAGCUGAGCACCCUUCACAGAAUGAAGGAUGAUUCUUAAACAUCCAAAAUCUGAAAUGCUACCCUUAUAGUUCCUCCUCUCCAUGACUUUGAAUGGCAGUUGACUGCAUUAGCCACUGUGUUUCGAUUGAAGCUCCAUUUUUAACCACUGUCAUAUCGCCCUUUUUGUACUCUUGGAAUACCGCAGUGAAUCUCCCCCUAGCUUCCCAAUCAGCUUACCCAGUGUUGACUGAAGAGCAAGAUUUGUCCUUUUCUCUCUCUCUUUUUUUUUUUGCAUCUUAUCUACAUAUUUAUUACUAUCAUAUUUAUCUCCACAUGCUGCUUGUGUGAGCUGACAAGUGAACAAUAUGCACAUGUAAAAAAAAAAGAAAAAUAUCAAAUGGCACCCUUGCGUUUUAUGAACUCAUCGCAAUUUGUUCGUUUGUUCUACUUUUACAGAACUGUCAUGUAUACUGAUGAUGUUUUCUGUUCAAACAUACACAAAGAAACACGCACACACACACACGCACACACACACACACACUCUCAGACACACUCUUGUGAUGACAACCCUGCUAUUUUUUAAUGGCAAAAAUGUAUUUUAAUUACAUUUAAUGAUAACUUAUGAGGUGAUGGCAUGCAACCCCAGAUGUAACAACUUUAAUGUUUUGUUUCUUUUCUUCGUUUGAUAUUUUUGUUAUGAUGUUAUGAUCACUAAUGCGUUGUAACCAGGUGUGAUGAGUAUAUACAUAUUUGAGAGGAAAAAAAUUAUCUGUGUUUAACACAAUGAAGAUGCUGCUGCUGUUUUGGGGGAGAGGUUAAAGACCUGAUCCCAGUGCAACUUUCUCAUUGGCUGGCUGGUCAUUAUCAGGCCAUGUUUUUGGCUAGUAGAGUGGUUGGUCACCGGUCAGGGCUUGGCUUAUUUUGGUGGGACAUCUGUGCUCUUCCUCCAAUGGCAGGUGAGAAUUACUGUAUCACCAGCUCUGCUUCUCUCUUCCCUCUCCUUCAUGUGUAGUCAGGACUUCAACUGUAAUGAAGAUAGAAGAAGAAGAAGAAAAAAAAAAGCAACCCUCAACUUUGAGUCUGCUAUCCCUCCAAAGAUACAAGACCUCUUUCUUUAUGGUUUGCUGUAAGAAUAUAGCUUUUCUUUCUUUUCUUUCAUUUUUUUUAAAGAAAAAAAACAUACUUCCUCAAAGACUUUUAGGGAACUAUUUUGAAUAUAUUUAGAAAUGACACCUGUAUACAUCGCUUGUAAAUUCAUACUGAAAUACAUCAUCAUGGAGAAUUAUAAAUGAUAAAGAGUAAAAACAAUAUUUUUUGUGUGAAUUUCACAAGAGCUCUUCUGUACAGUGGCACUGUUUAUCUCUCUCUUUCUUUCUCUCUCUCUCUCUCUCUCUCUCUCUCUCUCUGUAGAGCGGCUAGAAUAAAAUUUCACCAUUCACAA